CGCACAUUUGACCCAAAGUUGUGAUUGUUUUCGUCACGAGAACGCAAUUAUAAUCGCAUUAAACCUGCUUUUGUGACCACAAAUGCACUCGUUUUCUGUCCCACUUACAAACCUGCUUCUCUGACACACUCUCCCUCUCUCUCGCUCUGACCACGAAUGACCCGAACUUCACUUCACUCUCGCUUUCGCUCAAAAGUGAUGCUCUUCUUCUGCUGACAGAACCGCUCAAAAUGGCCGCAACGCUCAUCACCGCAGCAAACAGUCAUCUCUUUGAUUACGAGUCGCAAGAAGACAAGGAUUUCCUGCACGCCAUGGAACCGCUGCACGUCUUCGACCCGUUCGUCGCCUCCAACGACCAGAUCCUCGACUUCGACGCCUUCUCGGUGGACAACUGGACACUCAAAGCACCCGAACAGUGGCAGCCGCACGACGUGAGCGACUGGAUCCGCACGUGGGCCGCGCACAACGGCAUCCAAGACCUGGAAGUGGCGCACCUGCUCUACAACCACAUGCCCGGCUACGAGUUGUGUCAAUUGAGACGCGAGUACUUCACGUCCGUGUGUCCGCAGUUCGGCGACGCCAUCUUCGACGCGCUCCAACACCUCAGACAACAGUUUCGCCCGGAGUUCCAGUUCGACCUCCUCUCCGCCUCCGUGUGUCUCGACCUGGACGCCCAUCACAGCCCGUCGUCCACUACCGAGUCGGACCGCGAGAGCACUUCUUCCAACCUGAGUGCCGUCAAUGAGCGCAAAGUGUUUGCGAUUCCCGAACAAAAGCAGUCAAUUCCCGUUCCGUGCGUGAAGAAGGCCGGACGCAGAGGUCGUCCGCCGAAGAAGGACGCCAAAUCCAGGAGCAAAGGCAACGGAAAGCUGUGGGAAUUCAUUCGCGAUCUUCUGCUGAACGGCGCCACAAACCCGUCGAUGAUUCGUUGGGAGCGACGCGAGGACGGCGUCUUCAAGUUCGUGCAGAGCGACAAAGUGGCCAAAAUGUGGGGCGAGAGGAAGCAGAACCCAAGGAUGACUUACGAGAAGCUGAGUCGCGCCAUGAGGUAUUACUACAAAUCGCAAGUUCUGCUGCCGGUGUUCGGCCGCCGCCUCGUCUACAAGUUCGGGCCGAACGCCACGGGUUGGAGACCACAGUUCGAUCACAUCUCGAUUCUCCAAAAUGGUUAAGAUUUUGAGAGCGAAUGCGGUUUUUAUGCAAAUUUGAGCCAAAAAUGAACUUUUUUUCUCUAAUUCAAGGUUUGAAUCAAAAAUAUAUUUUUAGUGAAAUUUUACUCAAUUUUUAGUCAAUUUUUGAAUCAAUUUCCAUUCAAAGCAUUCAUUGUCUCUUAAAUGCGUUUUCUCUCUAUUUAUUAUAAUUAUUGCUUUAAUUAUCUCCG